GGAGCUAGUGGAGAAAUAUUUUCAAAGGAAAACAUCGACCCGUUUCAUAGAGUCCCGUCUGCCUGAAGCCCGCUGUGUAGACCAUCCUUGAGUGAAUUCUUGGAUUUCCUAUGUUCCUUUUAUGCAAGUGAUGGCCCAGAUCAUAAUUCUCUCCUGAGAUUUGGGUUGGAUUCGAGAAUUUGGAGAACUCCUGCAGCUUUGUAACUUCGGGCGUGUGACCAGCUGAGAACUUCACCGUUUGAGGAGUUCUGCAUUUUGCCGGUCAUCUCUUGUAACUGAGAGCCAAAGAAGGACUCCAUGAAAGAUGACAGAGGAGGUUAUUGUGAUAGCAAAGUGGGACUACACUGCCCAACAGGACCAGGAGCUGGACAUCAAGAAAAACGAGCGCCUGUGGCUACUGGAUGACUCCAAGACAUGGUGGCGGGUGAGGAACGCGGCCAACAGGACGGGCUACGUGCCGUCCAACUACGUGGAGAGGAAGAACAGCCUGAAGAAGGGCUCCCUCGUGAAGAACCUGAAGGACACGCUAGGCCUCGGCAAGACCAAGAGGAAGACGAGCGCGCGGGAUGCAUCCCCGACACCCAGCACGGAUGCGGAGUACCCCGCCAACGGGGGCGGCGCCGACCGCAUCUACGACCUCAACAUCCCCGCCUUUGUCAAGUUCGCCUACGUGGCCGAAAGGGAGGACGAGCUGUCCCUGGUGAAGGGGUCGCGCGUCACCGUCAUGGAGAAGUGCAGCGACGGCUGGUGGCGAGGCAGCUACAAUGGGCAGAUUGGCUGGUUUCCCUCCAACUACGUCCUCGAGGAGAUGGACGAAGCGGCCGCCGAGUCCCCCAGCUUCCUGAGCCUGCGGAAGGGCGCCUCCAUGAGCAAUGGCCAGGGUGCCCGGGUCCUGCACGUGGUGCAGACGCUGUACCCCUUCAGCUCGGUCACUGAGGAGGAGCUCAACUUCGAGAAGGGGGAGACCAUGGAGGUGAUCGAGAAGCCCGAGAACGACCCUGAGUGGUGGAAGUGCAAAAACGCCCGGGGGCAGGUCGGCCUGGUCCCCAAAAACUACGUAGUGGUCCUCAGCGACGGGCCCGCCCUGCACCCCUCGCACGCGCCGCAGAUAAGCUACGCGGGCCCCGCGUGCAGCGGGCGCUUCGCGGGCCGAGAGUGGUACUACGGGAACGUGACACGGCACCAGGCCGAGUGCGCCCUCAACGAGAGGGGCGUCGAGGGCGACUUCCUCAUUAGGGACAGCGAGUCUUCGCCCAGUGACUUCUCCGUGUCUCUGAAGGCGUCAGGGAAGAACAAACAUUUCAAGGUGCAGCUCGUGGACAAUGUCUACUGCAUCGGGCAGCGGCGGUUUCACACCAUGGACGAGCUGGUGGAACACUACAAAAAGGCGCCCAUCUUCACCAGCGAGCACGGGGAGAAGCUCUACCUCGUCCGAGCGCUGCAGUGACGGCCCCGCCCACAGCCCCUGCCACCUGCGGUCCCUCGGUGCCACACUCGCCUCCCCAGAGCCCGGCGGAUCUGCCCCGGGAAGAAGCCGCGCUCACGGGCCCCCUGCAGCGGGCUCCGCCCUGCCCGGUGGUUCAUCGGUUCUUGGCUUCCUCGGCCUCGUUUACCUUUGCGUGCAGGUCGGUUUGUUUUUCCGCUCGCCUCCCCUUUGCCAGGCCAGGCCCUGACAGCCACUUUGCGGCCUGCCCUCCUCCCGCCAGGUUUCGAGAACGGGAGGCCAAAGAGGGGGACGUUCGUUCACUUUACUCCUGCUCAACUGAAAACAGCCUUAGUCUGUUCAGAUCGUUCGUGCUUACCAGAACCCCUCACGAAAAAGACACGGGGCUCAGUUUGAACGCACCGACGCUGCCGUUAAUUAAGUGAACUACAGUACAACUCAGAGAGCGGGGGCCGGGAGCUCCUGCAGAGGCCCCCGGCCCUGGGCCUGGCAGCCGCGGCUCCGUGCCCUUCGCCCUCGCGUGGCUCCCACACUGUCCAGGGAGCGGACACGCCUGCUGGUAGCAAUACCAGAACCACCAGAUGAGAGAGUAGUGAGGAAAGUCCAGUGCCUUCGGGGCUAUGCUUGCAAUAAAAGAAAUUUCCUUGAGAGUCAGUCUGCAGAAGCGAGACCCGUGACUCAAAAAGACAUGUUGUGGUCAUUUACCCCCAAAUGUGCCAUCCGCAUAGUGCUUUUUCCUCUCGCCCUUUGGCUUGUUUAAAUUUCACAAUUAUGUAUUUAAUUCUCAAAGUAAUAUGUAUCCGUAGCCAUUUGUUGACACUAAUACAGAUGAUUAAGGAAAACAGCUGAUCUUUGGGGAAGGGGAGCUACCGUACACUUUACACACACACACACCAUAUAUAUAUAUAAUAUAUAUAUAUAUAUAUAUAUAUUAUUUGCUUUACAGGGAAUUUUUCAGGGUUUACAAGAGAAUAUGUGAUUGGUAGUAAGAGACACAGAAUGUUUAUGAAGAAAUUGCAUUUUCUUUUUUCUUUACAUUUGAACUUCUUUAUAGUUUAAAUAUACAGUCUUGAGAUGGCACAUUCCUACAACUGAAGAAGGGGUCUUGAGACCUCCUAAACUUGCAUACUCAGUUUUUUGGAUAUUGUAAUAAAAAAAAAAGUAUUAUGACAA